UGUUUGUUACGGCAAGCAACCGACACGAAAGGAAAUGUACGCCAUCGUGUAUAAUCCCGCGCCAUGUGCCACGAUAGGCAAUCGGGCCCAAGUGCCGGCAUCGCGCGGGUUCAUUCCGGCAUCGAUAGGCAGUCGCGUAAGGUCCGGCAUCGGAUUCAGUCGGUUUCGUGAAAGAAGCGUCGCUGUUCAGCAAGCUUGUCCGACCAUCGUGGGCGAUCCGCUGGACGCUGGGCCCCACCGACCAAACUGCUGGUAGUAGUGGUGUUGUUUCGUCCUUAUCUGUGUAAAGCAGUGCGCGCUCGCCUAGAAAGCUUCAAGGACUGUGUGGCACAUACGGGCCGCAGAGCAAGACGCCGGUAGAGAAUCAGUGCAUUUAUAGCGUGGAACCUAGCUGACUCGUGUGUAGCGGCAACUUACAAUCGGCCACCGAAAACGCAACAGUGUUCCUACCGAUGUUAUGAAAGUAUUCCUGUAAUCGUUGAAUUUUUGUUUGAGUGAUACAUGUGUGAAAGUUUAGUCUAAAGCAAAAGAAAAAAACAAAACAAAAUGGCCGGUAUACUGUUUGUGGUGCACAUUCCAUCGGCGCGCUAUGAGCGGGAGCUUCGACGCAAAGAGCAGGAACUGCUUGCGAAAACGACGUCUGUCACCACGGAGGAUGAGAAGGAUUCCGAACGACCGGCCGGCAAAUCGGACGAGAUGGAACCCUUCGUAACGCCACAGCCCAAAAAAGCUACAUCAAAGAUUCCAAAAUCCAGCAACGUGAUAAAAGCGUCCGAUGAUGAUGGUAAGAAAGCGGAACCGGCCGGACCACCGACGAUCAAAUUCAUCGAUCAGGAUGGUGAAGAGAUAGCGACACAAGCGGCCGAACCUAAGGAGGACGAUGGUAAGGAUGCGGGUGAGGAUGGAGAGAAGGGAAAGGAGAAAAAGUCCAACUUCCUGGCGGAACCUUUCGACCGGGCGUCUGCACUGCGCAAGUCGUGGGAUGGCUUCAAGGAUCUUAUCGGCUCGGCACGGAAAGAGAAGACGGCACGUGAGGAGGCGGCCGAAAAGCUAACGCUUACCGGCGAAUCGUCGAUGGAAGAGAUAUUGAAAACGAUUAUCGCCGAGAAACGCAUCCACACUGCAGCUUGGAUCGAAACCGAUAAAGGCAACGGGUUUCACAUCAUGUUUUCGAUUGCAUCGGGCCCGAUUGGUGACGACAUCAUCUACAUGCUCAGCUCGUGGGGUGUUGGUCAGCGGUUCAACUCAACCAUCUCGAUCACGUCAUGCACGCUGUACAGUCAACCACCGGAGGCUCCCGAAGAAACGGAAGAGGAUGGUGCGGCUGGCGACGCAAACAGAAACCCCGAGGGUGGCGCGUGGAACACCUUCCUAUCGACCGUCCGGGCACGGCUAAACGUGGCACAGAUCGUGGAGGAAGUGAAGCACGAUGCACAAGUGUCGUUCGAUUUCGUAUCGAUGCUUGCGGUGGCCAGUAUUUUGGCUGCAUUCGGAUUGGUUGAGGACAGUUCCGUUUUCCUCAUCGCCAGUAUGCUGAUUUCGCCGCUAAUGGGUCCGAUUAUUGCGGUUAUUUUUGGAACGGUGGUCAAAGAGCGUACCCUUCAGUUGAUUGGUCUGAAAAAUGAAAUUAUCGGCAUUAUGCUGACCGUCACGGUGGGUUUCAUCUUUGGGCUGAUCGUGUGCAGCAUUGACGAUCGGUACAGCGUUGGCGAGGGUAUUACCCAUGAAAUGUUGGCCCGUUGUGAAACACAUUCGCUGCUGGUCGGUAUAGCGAUUGCACUACCAUCCGGGGCCGCCGUUGCCAUUGCCAUUUUGGGCGAAAAUAUUGGAUCACUGGUCGGUGUUGCCAUCUCGGCUUCGCUGCUUCCGCCAGCUGUAAAUGCGGGCGUACUGUGGGCUUUGUCGUGUCUGUACUUCCUAUUUGGGUCGGAAGAAUCUCGCUACGGAACGCUGAUCAAAACGCAAAUCUACUCCGAAAACCAAGGCAUCGAACUGUUUACACUCGGAUGCAUGAGCAUGUCCUUGACGUUGCUCAACAUUUUCUGCAUCUAUCUGGCCGGUGUGAUAUUCUUAAUCAUCAAAGAGGUUGCACCGGUGGUUCCUAAGGAUCAGAAACAGUUCUGGAAGCACGACAUCAAGAUUGCCCGCGACUACAACCGAACGCUGCACACCACCGACGGUCACUCGAUGAGCAAAAACCUCAUGCAGGAGCUAACAUCGUUGCACCACAACAACGACACAACCGGUGGGCUGCGCGGAGACUACUUGCUGAAUUCGGCCUCCAAGGGCAAUCAGAAUACCUGGUCCCCGCGGCACAACUAUCACCAGCGCGACCACAGACCCACGAUCCAGGAACUGGAAGCGCUGUAUCUAAGCUUGUCGGCCAAUACUAGCGAAAACCAGUUCCACUACUCGUCGCACCAUGCCGGGCCUCAUUUCGCGCACUUCGAGCGACUCUCCACCUCACCGACGCAACAUCGGCGCAUGAAUGCCUCGAACCCGAUCAACAUCCACGGUGGAAUCUCGCGGCACAGUCGCUUCUCGGAGUCGCUGCGUGGAGCAUCCGCACCGCUGUCCAAGAUACUGGAGGAUGUAGCCGCUGGUACGUCCGGUGCCAAGGGUGAAACUAGUCACGGUGCGCAUCACGGUGAGCGUGGCAAAUCGACGCGAAGUUACGGUUUGCCAGGAUUCAAGCGCAGCUCGAAAAAGUUCACCGUCACCCCGGCGUACGAUCCGAUCCAGAAGGAGUGAGAGAAGCAGUCCCCGGGAUCUUUUGCCGAAUCUUCAAAAUGGCUAUUUUAUGCAGGCUGCACUUGUGUUGCGCUUUGUGUUGUCGAGAGUUGCGCCGGACAUUGCGUCCAGUGUCAAGUGUCUUGUGGUAUUGUCUAGUUCUUACUGUUUCGAUUUAUCGAUUCUGAGUGUGUUGUUGUUAUUGUAUAAGUUUCACUACCAUCGUAACCCGCGUCGUUUGCUUUGUGUCUCCACCGUCCACUAUCAAGAGCACAAACUGUAAAUAGUCAUCAUAAUCGUGUAAGAUCGUGUAGUUCGUAAGCAAAAAAAAAAAGAAGAAAGGUAAGAAAGGCCACAUUUGUCUGGCAGGUGGUCGCCUGCAGGAAACAAACGUGAUUCAGGCAUCGUGCGCGAGUCUACCAGCCACAGAUGCCAAUGUGAAAGGCACUGUACUUAAUCGGUUCAAUGGUAAGUGAGUGUGAAAGGAUGCUCGCAAGCGUCUCAGCCAAAGCGAUAUGCUUAUCGGUAUACGAGGAUUGUAAUAAAAAUCGUGUAGGAGUGAAGCAGAUUACAAUCGUU